GAGACAUGACACAGAAUGGUGUGCAUGGAUCAGACCGGGUCGUUGCAUACCUGGAUACCAAAUAUCACUCCAUAGUAUUACGGGGAAGAGUCUUGUUCCAGUACGAUGAAGCACUGAAGAAAUCAAAAGCCCUGGGGCGUGGACUGUUGUUGCUCGAUAGAUUUCCUUCUCCUUUGCCACUUCCAUGGAUCAUUUGGGGAACAGUAGAUGUGCUUACAGGAAGCAUCGGCCGAUGCUUCCUGAUAUGGAGGACAUGUGAAUCUAUGAAUCAGGAGAAUACAGGCUUAUCAAUGCAGUUCUGUCAGGGCACUUCAGCACAUCCAUUCAGCAUUCAUAUCAUGCCCACAUCAACUAAUUCCAAACUUGGGGAAGAUGGACGGAUGGUUUCAUUCUAGCCGUCUUUCUCAAGUCCCUUGUUGCAUCAUGCAAAUCUAGGUCUAUGUCUGUCCACGAGGAUGAGCCGCCUUCGCGUGAAUCAUUUCGGCCGUCGAGUUUUAGUGGAAGUUUCACACUCCUACUAUCUCGAUGGGGCCGGUCUGGUGGAUUUUGAAUCUUCAUGGAAGUAGAACUCUUCCCAAUUUUGGCAUCCAAUGUCAGAUGAAUUAGUACAAUGUUAAUAUUUCGACCUUUGUCUUCAUAUAGAUUUUGUACUAAUGCAAUUCAGUACUAUUGCGAUAUGCUUAAAGAAACUUUGUUUUUAGAGACUCGUUGUAUUGCUGAAGUUACAUGGUAAAGAUUGUACAUUGUG